UGUCCAUUAGAUCAAAGGAACCUACCUGACACUUCCUGCCCAUGAAUGUUUCGCUUGUUUUGGCAGUAUGAUAUUUGUGUAUCUCUGCCAUGUUUGUGUACAUCUGUCGCAAAUGUAUUUACAUUUUUAAACGUAUAACAUCGUCUUGACGCUCUGGAAUAAUAACCAUACGCACUGUUUUGGAUUAUAUGCGCAGUUCAGCACGUUUAAUGGAUGACUGGAGGAAGAACGUGAUUGUUUCUUCUCAUUGAUCCGGGAUCAUACAGUAGCCUACAAAGAUAUAAGGUAUGGAUGAUUUGUCAUAUGUGGGGUCUGGCUGAGGGCCGCUGUUGCCCUGGCGUCUGCACCCCAUUGGCUGAUUCACCAGCAUGUACCGUAGAAAUGGCCUAUCGGAUGGCACCAGCAUUAGCUCCGCCUCCUCUGAGGGAAGUAACAGCUCCGUGUCUGUGGACGGCCCGAGCGCUGACUACGCGAAGAGCUACGAUGCCGUCGUGUUUGAUGUGCUGAAAGUGACGCCAGAGGAAUUCGCAAGCCAAAUUACCCUGAUGGACGUCCCUGUUUUUAAGGCCAUACAGCCAGAGGAGCUUGCUAGCUGUGGUUGGAACAAAAAGGAGAAACACAUUUUGGCUCCCAAUGUUGUUGCCUUCACACGGAGAUUCAACCAGGUAAGCUUCUGGUUGGUACGGGAAAUCCUCACCGCUCAAACCCUGAAGAUCCGUGCUGAGAUCCUGAGCCACUUUGUCAAGAUCGCAAAGAAACUUCUAGAGCUGAAUAACCUUCAUUCUAUGGUGUCGGUGGUGUCGGCACUGCAAAGCGCUCCCAUCUUUAGAUUGAGCAAGACAUGGGCGCUGAUCAAUAGGAAGGACAAGGCCACGUUUGACAAGCUGGACUACCUGACCUCUAAAGAGCAUAACUACGCCAGGAUGAGAGAGUACAUCCGCUCCCUAAAAAUGGUGCCCUGCAUCCCCUACCUGGGGAUCUACCUGCUGGACAUGAUUUACAUCGACUCGGCCUAUCCAGCCUCUGACAGCAUUAUUGAGACUCAGCAAAGAACCAAUCAGAUGAACAACAUCCUCCGGGUGAUCUCUGACCUCCAGAUGUCCUGCACAUACGACCACCUUGUGACCCUCCCGCAUGUGCAGAAGUACUUGAUGUCUGUUCGCUACAUCGAGGAGCUUCAAAAGUUCGUGGAAGACGACAAUUUCAAACUGUCUCUGAAAAUUGAACCAGGGAACAGCUCCCCACGCAUGGCCACAUCCAAAGAAGAUCUUGCAGGUCCGUCGGAAGUGUCUCUCUUAGUGAGGUAUAAUCGAAGGCCCACUUGCCCUGAUGCCACCGUGGGGGUCCAUAUUCCCACCCCACCACCCUCACGCCACAGAAAGAGCCACAGCCUCGGCAACGCUAUGAUGUGGCAUUUCGGUGUGGUGGAGAGUAAAAGUGCGACAUUCCCCACAGAGAAACCACGUCACCUGCUGGACGACAGCUUCUUAGAGGCCCAGAGUCCGACCCGGAUCAAUCCACACAACUCAUCCGUGUCCAACGGCAUCUCUAUAGGCAGCAGUCAGAGCUCGUUCUGUGAUGAUCUUUCCCCGGGGCUCGAGAGGGGCCGCAUGUACGCGACUCUGGGCCCUAACUGGAGGGUCCCUCUUCGCAACUCCCCCAGAGGCCGCAGCCAUGCCCACAGUCCGUCAGUAGCAGAACCCAGUCUGAGUCAUGGAGAGGCAGGUGGCGUCACAAUGGAGGGGCCGUUGAAGAGGAAAACCCUGCUGAAGGAGGGCAGGAAGCCUAAGCUUGCCUCAUGGACGCGGUAUUGGAUCUCACUGUCUGGUUCUACACUGAUAUUCUACAGAUCCAAAGCCCUGCGAGCCACUGAAAGGAAACAUUACAAGUCGGCUCCGUGUAAGAAAGUGUCGGUUCUGGGCUGGAUGGUGGUUCUUCCGGAUGAUCCGGCCCAACCCAACAUCUUUCAGCUCAAUGAUCCUGACAAAGGGAAUGUUUACAAGUUUCAGACUGGAGAUCGGUUCUCUGCGAUCAUAUGGCACAAACGCUUGGAGGAGGCGUGUCGGAGAAGACGACCUCAGAUACCAGCAAAUCUCAUGUCCUUUGAGUAAACAGACUCGCCUGAAGAUGUUUAUCAUGUGCCAAAGGCCCACAGAGAUUGAGAAGAACGUGUUUGGUUCAACAAAAGGAUGAAGAAAGAGCAAAAAAAAAAAACCUUCCACAUCGAAGAGUCACUGAGCCAAAAGACUCGUUCUGUUCCACCGGCCCUCCGUGAGCCCUGACGUCCACAUCUAAGAUCAAGAUGUUUGUUACAGACCUGGACGUGGAGGACUGCGCACUAGUUCUGGUAAAGGAUGUGGUCGGAAAGAAGGUAAAUUUCCCCCCGUUUCAGCUCCAUCGUGUCUUCUAUAUGGAGACUUUUGGAUCUCGUGGUGUUGCCGAGACAUUUUGGAAAUUAAAUUAAACACAGAAGCUUGAGAUGAGCAUUGUUGUGCUGAUAUAAAUGAGUUUUAGGGGGAAAGAGAAAACCGUGUCUUGAAGUGUCCCCGUUGGAAAAAGACUAAAAAGCCAAACAGGCAUUUGCUCCCACAAAGAGCCGUAACAAACAAAACACAUGUGGAUCAGCACAGUUCCUCACGCUGAAGACUGAUGAUGCUGUUUAAACCAGAUAAUAACUCGCACUGGUUCAUGGUUUAGUUACAGACACAUAAUGGUUGCCAAGAUAUCUUUUUAGCACAGUGAUUUUUAUUUUUGGUUAACGUUAUGAUGUGAAAGUGAUCUGGUUGAAGGAUAUUUGUGAGUGUGACUUGUUUACAUCAGGGAUUCUGAAUCCAGUUUCAGUUUUAGCCAUUUUAUACUCGUAAAAGCUAGUUUUGGGCUUUAAGUAUUAACAAAUUCUAGUGACUUUUCUGUCAAAUGAAGGUUUUGCCUGAUUUUAAGUAGGUUUUGCUCACAACUCACAACUUAAACUGGCAAAGUUUGAGUUUGUCACAUUUAUUUUUCUUUGAAAGGGUUCCUUAUAACAGGACAAAACGGUUUUAUAUCAUGAUCACUCAAAAACACAACAGGAUAACACACUUAUUUUCCAUUUAGCUCAUCUCACAAGUACAAGAACUGCUUCUUUUGAAUUGUGAGAUCAUUAUCAUUGAAAUCCUAAGCGCUUACAUUCACUUACUGGAUGAAUCACACAAAACCCUUCAAAACAUGUCCACGUCAUACAUAUCUCACCCCCAAAUGAAUAGAAAUAAAUAGGUUGUGAUAUUUUGCUUAAAGAUUUGUUGCAUUGAGACAUUAUUUUCGUGACAAUUAAGCACAUUUAACCCUCAAAUUCUCAUUACUGUAGGGGAAAAACACUGAUAUAUUAUUUAAAUUGUAAGUAUUUAUACAUCAUGGUCAUAUUUAUUAUACUGUCUUUAAUUUAUGCUUAUUGAUUUUUUUUUUUUUAAUUAUUAAAUGCUUUUUAUACUGUAAUGCAGUUAAGUUGUGCUUAAAAUGUACUUCAUUGUCAUGAAAAGGAUUAAAAAAAGAUGAAGUAUAGACUCGAUUUUCUUUAUGCAAAACAUAAAUUAUUUUGAGUUCUGGUGUGAAAUGUGACCUGGACAUGUUUUGGUGGGAUUUAUCAACGGAUCAGCCGAAUGUUUGAAUACAUGCAAUGACGUGCAGAUACGACAGCUGUAAUUAACUGGAAAGAGUUUUGAUUUUUGAAGAGAUAUCUAUUCUUUUAUGCCUGAUUAUCAGUUUAGUUAAGAAUGUGAACCAUCUGACGGCAGCCAACGAUGUCAGGAGAUGCUGUUUUAGUGUUUAGUAUUGAUUUGAGAUCAAUUCAGAUCGAGUGAAAGAACAGCACUGGUUAAUAAUGUAGUUGUCUGUUCGUUUAUUUCUUAUAGUUCUGUGCAGGACUGAUGAUUGUAAUGAAGUGUGUGUGUGUUUUUUAUAAGCAUGUUUGAAUGAAGCUGAAGGAGAAACACUGGACACACAAUCCACAAUACAACAUCUCUGAGUACAUUCAUAUCAGCUUCAGAAAUCUGACACGAAGCAGAAUCAGAGGAAUAAUUCUGUUCAGAAGGAAAAUUCCCAUUAUUUACUCCUCAUGUUGUUUGCUCCAGUAUGCUGAUUUAUUGUCAGUGGGACAAAAGAAAAGGACAUAAAAAAUCAUUAAAAAACAAAAAAGCGCUCUAUGUGCAUCAUGCUCUGUAUUCUGGAGUCAUAAGAUUUAGAAUAGAGAGCAUGAUGCACAUAGAGUACUUUUAUGGUGUUUUUCUAAUCAUUUUGGGGGUUUAAUUGUCAGUGUAUGAAAUAAGUUGCAUAAAUAAGAAAUUUGUGUACUUGGAAUAUAGUGUACGAUUUUAUGAGACUACUGUACUUUUUUGGAGCUUGAUAGUGAAUAACAAUGAUCUGUAACAUGGAAAGAGCUCAUCAAAAAUGUCUCAUUUUGUGUUCUACGUAAAAAAUAAAAACAUACAGAUUUGGAACGCCAUGAUGAGGGUGAGUAAAUAAUGACAAAAUUUUCCUUUUGGUACAAACUUAUUCCUUUUUUUACAGUGAAUUGUCAGAUUUAUUUAAAAUACUCUUCGGAGUCUAAUAAUAUCGCUGCACACAGCAAACUGACUCUUGAUGGUGAUUAGUAGUUAUUUGUUGCGAGUAUUAUUUAUCUAGCAUCAGUUUUGCCUUGUAUGUGUGUAUGAAUUAAAACUGUUUUUGUUGAAGAGACACGUUUUUAUUUCUGUAUUGUCUGAGGAGCGACUGCUUUCAUAAACACACAGACACACAUGUACAGCAUGUACGUUAUGACUGUGAAUUAACUCUUGUUGUGUUGCCAUGUAAAUAAUAUGUUGCUAAAUUAUUUCUUGUUUGCCAUUGUGGUACAUUGCGGUUUAUCAGCUAAAAGGCUGAUUCUUCUGUACAGCCAUUAAAUGCAGUGAACACA